AAGAUACUCAUUGAGUUUCCCUACCCGACAACCUUGACAGAGGUGCAAUUUCUAAUUUCGUCGAUGUUUUGUAUCGGCACUCUGUGGGUUAUAAACAACCAGCGCUGGUUGGUCAAAUACUUCCCUCAGGGCUCUGUUCCAACGAUGGAUCAGUUUGAGAAGAAUGGUGCCGUGUCCACGUGGAACCUUGUUAAGCCGAACGAGAAGGUGCUGAAAACGACCAUACCCAUGGGCAUGUUUCAAUUUGUGGGUCAUAUCACUUCCCAUCAGGCCACCAGCGUGAUUCCCGUGUCGCUGGUUCAUAGCGUCAAAGCUUUGAGUCCAUUAACCACCGUGUUGGUCUAUAGGGUUGGCUUUAAAGUUCAAUACCGCACCGUUACUUAUUUGACGUUGAUCCCGUUGAUGGUUGGUGUCAUUUUGACGUGUUUUGGUAAUUACAAGAGUAAGGAUAACAAUGGGGAAGGAUUUUAUAAAGGGCUCUUCUUUGCCUUGAUCUCGAUGGCCAUAUUUGUGAGUCAAAACAUAUACGCCAAACAGAUCUUGACGUGGAAGGAGGAAAAGACAUUACCAACCCAGCAGAGACCUAAAGAGGAAACCAAGAUUGAUAAGAUCACCAUCUUGUUGUACUGUUCACUGAUCGGCUUCGUCCUAACGCUACCGGUGUUCACAAUCACAGAACUCCUCAACUACGGUGACGUUGGCUGUACCAUCUGUAAAAUGAAUGCCAAGAUCAUCUCCUUAUUCCUACUCCACGGUGGUUCGCACUUCCUCCAGGCAAUGCUUGCGUUCCACCUGAUUGGGUUAGUGUCCCCUGUUAACUACUCAGUUGCAAACAUCAUGAAGAGAAUAGUUGUGAUACUAUUUGCGCUGUUGAUGGAACGCACCAGUGUUAACGGCGUACAGUGCUGUGGUUUGCUGCUUACAAUGACAGGGUUAUAUCUAUACGAUCGAUUUGGUUCAAAGAGGGUCUAAGCAGGCUGAUAUACAUAUAUAGACAGAAAGAGACAUUCCACCAUUACUUGAAAGCACACCUUAUGAGAACCGGAUCGAAAGCCAAAAAACAAUAACACGUAGUAACCGAGGCAACAGUGGGAACCCUGCCCCAGUACAAUAUCCAUCUCAUAACACCCGGACACCACUUAGGCACCACCCAGACACCACCCAGACACCACCUU